AUGGCGCGCCGUGAGUCUCUCUCAGAGAUCCGCGCCGCCAAUCCGGAUCUUGGCCUCAGCGGCAACGUCAUCUCCGUCGCAUUCAAUAUCCCCUACUCCUUUACCUAUCGCGAGGGGUCCGAUUGGGACCUGGGACCCCGCCGAGGCCAAUCCGCGCUUUUCGACUCCUUCGCCUACCUUUCUUCCGAUGCCACACCUUGGAACCACACGCUUGUGGCCUGGACCGGCGAGAUCGACUACCCCCCGGAGACGUCUAUUCCCCCCGCCGCAUCCUCUGGGCAGGUGACGAGCAGUGGUAGCCUGUCUGGCCAGACGACGGUCGGCUUCUCCUCCCGGAAUGCUCUCUCAGCUCCUGUUCCCGUCGACAGUAACACGCGACUUCCCACACCACCGCCCAUUGACGGCCUGUGGCUGCCAAAGGCCGAUCAAGUCAAACUGGAGUAUGCCCUCUCUCACAGCAAAACUAUUCGGACAGUGCCCGUAUGGCUCUCGGACGAGGCAGACGAUUCCGAGGAUAGCGUCAUCUUGAAGGACCAAUCGCGGUGGCGGCGGUACGCACACCACGACCUAUACGCUUUAUUCCACUACAAACAACACGAGCCGACGGACGGUCGCAAGGAGCGCAUUCAGUGGGCCGACUAUUACCGCAUGAACCAGAAAUUCGCAAACAAAAUCGUCGAAAUAUACAAGCCCGGCGACAUUGUCAUAGUCCACGACUUUUACCUGAUGCUCCUCCCCAGCAUGCUACGCCAACGGAACCCAAACAUGUACAUAUCAUUCUUUCUACACUCUCCAUUCCCUAGCAGCGAGUUUCUGCGGUGCCUGCCGCGGCGAAAAGAAGUUUUGGAAGGCGUUCUCGGAGCCAACUUGGUGGGGUUUCAGUCGUACAGCUACUCGCGACAUUUCCUGAGCUGUUGCACUCGCAUUCUUGGGUUUCCCUCUGAUACCCUCGGCAUUGAUGCCUACGGGACUCGGGUUCAGGUAGGCGUCUUUCCCAUAGGCAUUGACGCCGCCAAGGUCGAGAGGCACGCAUGGGCGGAUUCCGUCAAUGAGAAAUAUGAUGCUUUGAAAAAGAUGUAUGCUGGGAAGAAGAUUAUUGUUGGCCGCGACAGGCUCGACAGUGUCCGUGGUGUGGCACAGAAACUCCAGGCGUUUGAACGGUUCCUUGAAAUGUACCCCGAGUGGAGGGAAAAGGUGGUUUUGAUCCAGGUCACUUCUCCAACGACGGUAGAGGCUGAGAGGGACGAUGACGAGAACAGGAUUGCUACAAGAGUGAACGAACUAGUCAUGAAGAUCAACGGGGAGUUUGGCAGCUUGGGAUUCUCUCCGGUGCAGCACUACCCUCAAUACUUGAGCCAGGACGAGUACUUUGCUCUGCUCCGAGCCGCAGACAUUGGUCUAAUCACCUCAGUCCGAGACGGCAUGAACACGACCAGCUUGGAGUAUAUCGUUUGCCAGAGACAGGGCAACGGUCCACUGAUCCUCUCAGAGUUCAGCGGGACAGCGGGAAGUCUCAGUGACGCGAUCCACAUCAACCCCUGGGACCUGACUGGUGUUGCGGAAAAGAUCAAUAGCGCGCUUACCAUGUCGGAUGGCGAGCGAGGCAGAAUGCAGUCUCGCCUGUACAAGCACGUUACGGCGUACAAUGUCCAAGCUUGGGUUACCAAGUUCAUCCGCAAGGUACACAACGUCUUGGGAGAAAUGGACACGGCCAACGCCACACCGCUUCUUGACCGUGCUGUCUUGUUGUCCACGUACAGGUCGGCGGGCAAACGGCUGUUUAUGUUUGAUUACGACGGCACGCUGACACCAAUCGUGCGUGAGCCGAGCGCCGCGAUUCCCUCGGAACGCAUCAUCCGAUCGCUCAAGCGUCUUGCCGGGGAUCCCAGGAAUGCCGUAUGGAUUAUUUCUGGUCGGGACCAGGAGUUUCUCGGGCAGCACCUAGGUCACAUUCCCCAGCUUGGAUUUUCGGCCGAACACGGCAGUUUCAUGAGGAACCCUGGGUCAGAGGAGUGGAUCAACCUGGCAGAGAAGUUUGAUAUGGGGUGGCAGGUCGAGGCUAUGCAGGUGUUCCAGAAAUACACUGACAGAGUACCUGGCUCGUUCAUCGAGCGGAAGCGAUGUGCCCUCACGUGGCACUACAGACUUGCACAUCCGGAGCAGGGCGCCCACAUGGCACGAGAGUGCCACAAGGAACUUGAGGGCACCGUGGGGACGAAAUGGGACGUUGAAGUGAUGCCAGGCAAGGCAAACGUGGAAGUUCGGCCCACCUUUAUCAACAAGGGCGAGAUCGCCAAGCGGCUCAUUGCGACGUACCACAACCCAGAACGUGAAGCGUCCAACGACGACCCCAACCCCGGCCGCGUUGAGUUUGCGCUCUGCAUGGGGGACGACUUUACAGACGAGGACAUGUUUCGAAGCUUGAACGGAGCUAUUGGCAAGGUGUUGCAUCCGGACCACGUCUUUACCGUGACUGUUGGGGCCAACACCAAGGUGACGCUGGCCAAGUGGCAUCUGCUCGAACCCGAAGACGUGAUUGAGUGCGUGGCACUGCUUGCAGGGGUUGGUGACGGGUCGGCCUUGACACAAAUGGGCGAGGUCAACCUGGCCGCGCUGAGCAGCGUAGAGGGACAGAUUCCGCCUUCGGAGCAGGCCCCCUUUCUCAAUUGA